CGGACUCUCCCCACUAUAAUUGGCUCCGCUGGCUGCUGCUGCCACUCAUCAACAACCUCCCCGCUUUCUCCUUCCCGUCUCUCUCCUCUCCUCUGGUCCCGAUUCCCUUCUCCGAGCUUCCUCCCUAUAAAUAAGGCGGCCCGCGGCGGCCAUCAAUUCCCGUCACCGCCCACCGAGGCCGCGAAUUAUUCCUCCGCCCCGCCCGCCGCGAAAACCCUAGCCGCCGCCGAUCCCAUGGCCACCGCCUCCAGCCAGGCGAGCCUCCUCCUCCAGAAGCAGCUCCGAGAUCUCGCGAAGCACCCCGUCGAUGGGUUUUCAGCCGGGCUCGUCGACGACAGCAACGUCUUCGAGUGGCAGGUCACCAUCAUCGGCCCGCCCGAGACCCUAUAUGAUGGAGGCUAUUUCAAUGCAAUAAUGAGCUUCCCACAAAAUUAUCCGAACAGCCCUCCAACAGUCAGAUUCACUUCUGAAAUGUGGCAUCCUAAUGUUUAUCCGGAUGGGCGGGUAUGCAUUUCUAUUCUUCAUCCACCUGGUGAUGAUCCCAACGGAUACGAGCUCGCGAGUGAGCGUUGGACACCAGUCCAUACGGUUGAGAGUAUAGUAUUAAGCAUCAUUUCGAUGCUUUCUAGUCCAAAUGAUGAAUCACCGGCAAAUAUUGAAGCAGCUAAGGACUGGAGAGAGAAGCAGGAUGAGUUCAAGAAGAAGGUCAGGCGCGCCGUACGGAAAUCCCAGGAAAUGCUCUGAAUAAAAUGGGAGUACUGGGGAAGUUAGCCAUGCCAUUUCAGGUGUGGAGGGUUUUGCUGUCGAUCUCCAAAUGUCCAUCCGACACUAGCAAUUUCACUUCUCCCCUGUAUAUUUUCCAUUAGCCUGUCUCCUGUGGAGGUCUUGGUUUUGACUCUGAAAACGCAACGCAUAUUCUAAGGGUCUGGUUGUUGUAAUUGUGUGGCUUCGGCUAUCAAUAUUGAGAAACUUGGGAGAGCUGCUACUUACCAUAA